CAGCGCGGGGCCGCGCUGCCAUGGCGGCGGUGGCGGCGGGAAAGGCCGCGGCGGCCUUCGGGCACGGCGACAGCGGCGGCGGCCGCGGCUUCCUGGGGCCGCGGGUGCCGGCCGAGGUGGAGGCCAUGGCCCGGGCGGUGCAGGACGUGAGCAAGGAGACCUUCCGGCGGCUGCUCAAAGUAACUGUUAAUGCAUUAGAAGGAAAAGACUGCAAGGAAUCUGUCAAGCUGAUUGCAGAAAGCACUAAUCUCUCAGAAGAGCAACUUGCUUUCCUCAUCUCUGGCAUGUAUACCCUUCUCCGAGAAGCGCUGAGACUGCCCGUAUCAACUUUCAAACAAGAAGCUUUUAAGGAAGACCUGAAGGAGCUCAGGAUACCAGAAGAUUUCAUUGCGGACUUUUCCAGUGUAGUCUUUGGCAACAGGCAUCCUGCUUCCGAAGGCACAGCUCUGAUACAAAGAAGUAGACUGCCAAGUGUCCAGGACUUCAAGUGGAGAGUGGACGUAGCUAUAUCCACAAGUUCACUGGCCCGUGCACUUCAACCAUCCAUUCUAAUGAUGAUGAAGCUUUCAGAUGGGACCGCUCAUCGCUUUGAAGUGCCAGUUGCAAAGUUUCAAGAACUGAGAUACAAUGUUGCCCUUAUCCUGAAGGAAAUGAAUGACUUGGAGAAAAGGAGCGUACUGAAGAUCCAGGACUGAACACUUUUGAACUGGGAGUUUACAGACCAGCUCUGAAAACCUCAGCACAUCUUCUGAAGGGCAGAGCAGGGGAUCAUCCCUACUUUGCCUGGCUAAACUGCAACGUAGCGUACAAUGUCUGCUGUAAAUAUUUGUUUUGAUUCAAGUGUUAAAAGCACAAGCUCUUUCCAUAAGACUUGGGAAAACCAAAAAAAUAGAUCUAUGAGAAAGCAUAAUGCUGUUUGUGAGCACUUUUGCAUGAUUCAUCAAAACAUUUUUUAAAUAACUGUCUUAAUGGAUGUAAGAAUCAUUUCUUUCUGAUUAUGAUUCAUCACUCUAAUUAUUUCUGAAAGCUUGCUACCGGAAGCUCCAUCGAUGCGCAUCAUACGAAAGCUCUGCACUGUCUCAAAUAACAAAUAAAAUUUAAAAACCACA